GCCGCGCUCCGUGCGGGGCGGGGCCGCGCCGAGGCCGAGGCGAGGCACGCGGCCGCCGCCGCCGCCAUGUCGUUCCGCCGCGCCUUGGCGCUGGCUGCCUGCGGGCUGGCCGGGGGCUCCGUCCUCUUCUCCGCCGUGGCCGUGGGCAAGCCGCCGGCUCGUAGCGGGGGAGGCGACUCCGAGCCGCGGCCGGGGGCCGCCGCCGCCGUGCCCGCCGCUCCCGCCGCGCCUCAGGGCUUGCUGCUGCUGCCGCCCGCCGCCGCCGCCGCCGCCGCCUCCUGCCCGCCGGCCGCCGGCUGGAUCGAGAGAGCUGGGGGCACCGGCGGCUACUGGGACAGCAACUGGGACAGACGUGAACCACUGGCUCUCAUCAACCUCAAAAAGAAGAAUGAAGAAACUGGGGAAGAAGAACUUGCCUCCCGCUUAGAUCACUGCAAAGCAAAAGCCACCAGGCACAUCUUCCUUAUCCGUCAUUCUCAGUACAAUUUAGAUGGCCGGGCUGAUAAAGACAGAACUCUAACCCCACUUGGUCGAGAGCAGGCUGAAUUGACAGGACGAAGGCUAGCAAGUUUGGGGUUGAAAUUUGAUCAGAUUAUCCACUCCUCUAUGACAAGAGCAACUGAAACAACUGAAAUUAUAAGCAAAUACCUCCCAGGAGUCAAAAAAAUCAGUACUGAUCUGCUGAGAGAGGGAGCGCCUAUAGAACCAGACCCUCCAGUCUCUCACUGGAAGCCAGAAGCUGUGUAUUAUGAAGAUGGAGCUCGAAUUGAGGCUGCAUUUCGAAACUUCAUUCAUAGAGCUGAUGCAAAGCAGGAAGAAGACAGCUACGAGAUCUUUGUCUGUCAUGCCAACGUGAUCCGCUACAUUGUCUGCAGAGCAUUGCAGUUCCCCCCAGAAGGCUGGCUGCGAAUGUCGCUUAACAACGGCAGUAUAACUCACUUGGUGAUACGGCCAAAUGGAAGAGUGGCACUUCGAACACUGGGUGACACAGGUUUCAUGCCUCCAGAUAAAAUCACGCGCACCUGAAUGAGUGAAACAGCUGGCUUCCCAGGAGCUGCCUCUGGACUCUUUGCACUAGUACAUUCAGCUACACAGUACCACUAGGUUUUUAUCUGUUAAGAUGUGAUGCUGUCUUAAAAUGUCCUUUAGCCCCUUGCCUCCUUCAUACUUACUCAUAUCUGCCUUUCAGUCCAGAAAGAAGAAAUCUUUCUAAGCCUGAAGCUGUCCAGUCCUCAAGUAUUCCCCAAAACUUGAAGCUGAUCUAUGGAAUACAAAAAGAUUGAAUGUCCAUGUGCUCAGCAGCUACAAGAGCACUGACUUUUUAUUCCCCUGUGAAUUUCUAUAACCAAAGCUUGCUCCUGUGGAUAUUUUUCUUGUGCAGGAAAAUAAUGAUACGGGAACUGGAAAGAGCAGCUGUUACCACACUGCAGCUAAAACUGAAGAUGAGCCAGUUUGUUCCAACUCUUGCAGAGGAAGUGACAAACUGAGGGUAUUUCGCUGUUUGAAGGACAAAGGGAUAAGGCUUCAGUAUUUGUAAACUGUUGAGGAUGUAUGUUUAUGUUGUCUCGUUGUUCCCCUCUGCCCUAAAAGCUCAAGUAAACUGUGCCUGGACCUUGUAAAGAAAAGAGGGUAAAAAACCAUUUGCCUCAGAGCUGCAGUGCUAGAAUUAACUGCUGCUUAUGUUAAGUGUUCCUGCAUCCCCAGGAAAUACUUUAAGCUGUUCUGAACAAUGUUUUUCAGUCUUGUAAAGCCUUGUAAUUAAAACUUGUCUGUAGAAGGAUGUAGGGGUGAGUUUUGUAGCAGUUAGAUGGAAGCAGGUAUCUGUGCGUUCUUCUACUUAUUAUGUUUGCAAGGAGUAGAGCCUUUUUUUUUUUCUUCAUUUUUUCCUGCUUUAUCCCCUUGCUUUGUAUUUUUGGUACCAUGCUUUCAGAGUAGAGAAAUAGUAGCACUGAGUUCGAGGUAAUGCACUACAGGUCAGAGGUUCUGCAGUGCUGGAGCAAACCGCUGCUUAAAGCUGCGGUUGUUCAGUGAAAAAGGAUCUGCGGGAUGUUUUGUCUAGGCAAAGUGUGAGUAUAAACAUCAGGCAGAAUGCUUUUAAGUUGCUCCCUUGUACAACUUUGACACUGCUGGACUUGUUCCAGGAAAAAUGCACGUGGUUGAGAACUAAGUCAUUUUUGAGGGAAAGACUCAGACGCCUUUUAUUUUAAGGAUGUUCGAUAGGCACCUGAGCCACGCUAAUAACUCAGCGCACAAUGCCUGUAAUACUGAAAAGUUUCUUUGUAUGCAUACUCUGCCUUGGUGAUGGAUAGUACACCUACUGCAGUACAGUGAAAGUAAGGCAUUACAUGUCUUACAGGUUCUCUUAUCCCCAAAAUCUUGAAGAAACCUGAAGCUCACUUCUGUCAGAGCUGUAUGAAGCAUAACCAUGGCGCACAACCUAACAAGACAAGAUUUAAUGGCUCGUUUCAUACAGGACUGCUACAUCAGAAUGACUUAAAGGAAAGUGGGGCUGGUAGGGAACAAAAUACAGUAGUUGUAGUGCAAGUUUCCCAGGGGCAGCAGGAAACCAUUGUGAUGUAUGUCUCAUUGAUGCAAUGAGAAUAACUUAUCAGUUUUUGUCUAUUAACUUUUUAAAGUUUUGAAUAAAAUAACUGGUCUGUCUUUCUAUCUUGUCCCUUCAGUUGAAUAGUAAAAUGCUCUGUCAUUUACCAGCACGUGGAACGGGAACACCAAGACAAGUAAGAUGGAAAUUCCACACACUAUGUACAUAUUGCAAAGGUGUUAACAAGUCUUCUAAAGGUCAAGUGCACUUUUUUUAUUUACACGUGUGGAAGAAACGUUUCUUUAUUCCCUUCUCCCCUCUCCCCGUUCUUGGUGGUGGUCACCCCAAGUGCACAUACGAAACAUCUUUGCACAGGUACAGAUAUUAGCAACAUUUUUUUUAGUGGCACUUAAGUUGAGGUGUGUGUGUAUGAAAUAUCAAAUUAAGAUAGUAUGAAGAUAAUUUCUGUUUUAUGCAGAUUUCUUUUCUCUUAAAGAUUAUGAAAGUACUUAAAUAUUGGCUUAAUAAACAAACCUCAUUGUGCACACAUACACACACAAAGGAUGUGAGUAAUGAGCAAUUGAACCGUGUCAUGGUAUCAACCCCACCUACUUACCACUAUGCCCCAUUAAGUAAAUAGAGUGUGACACUUUUAGCACUCAUUUAUUUUUUAAUAGAAAGCAGGGUAACUCUGUGUUUGUUUUUAACAGGACACUUGGCUAAUUUAAAAAAAAACAGCAACAAAAAAACUGAUCUUUUGCACCUUUAAAAGUAAACUGAAACAAUCCCAAUCUGAUUUAGUGUCUCCACAGGCUCUGUGUGGAAGAGCUUUACUUCACAAGGGUGACUGAUCGAUUGCUACAUAAAUUGCUCCGUUUUUAAACAGAUGAAUAAAAUACAUUGUUAGAAAAAGUCCCUUUUAAAAUGCAGUACAACUGGAAUAAUGCUAAUUAUGUAACAAAUAAAAAAAUAUUCUCCUGACUGAACCAAAACGAAAUUACAAAGUGGAAGGCAGGGUUUGGUGCUGGUAGGGUAGGGACGUGUCUUAGUGUGUUUUUGUGUGUGUGUAUACACAUACAUAGCAGUAAUAUACAUUUAAAUAUU